AUGCCGGACAUGAACCUUCCCGUCAUCGACCUCGAUGUCUACCUCAACAACCCCCUCGACUCAGCCGCGGUGCAAGAGGAAUGCCGCCGAGCAGCCGAUGCUCUCAUCACCUAUGGCGCCCUGGUCCUCCACGACUCCCGCGUCUCCGAGACCGACAACACUUCCUUCCUCGACCUCCUCGAAGACUACUUCGCCCAGCCAACCGAGCUGCUGCAGAAGGACGAGCGACCCGAGCUGAGCUACCAGGUCGGCGUCACCCUCGACAACACAGAGAAGCCAAAGUGCGCCGUCGACGAGCCCUGCCUGGACGUGAUCAAGAGGUUGGACCCGGACCAGAGACCUUUGGACAUCAGCGCCCACUCGCCCGACCCCAAGUGCCGCUUCUUCUGGCGGAUGGCCGAGCUUCCUCCGUACGAGACCGUCUUCCCCGGGCUGAAUGCGCCAAAUGUCGUCCCGCAGGCAGAUCACAUUAAGGAGAGAUGGGAACCCUCCAUGAACAAAUGGGGGUCUGCCAUGAAGGAUUCAUGCUCGAGACUUGCCGAAAUGGCCGCCGUUGGAUUAGGUCUUGCCCCGGAGGCGUUCUCCGAGGCUGGGAAAUACGGACCCCAUCUCCUAGCUCCCACCGCCUCCGACCUCGUAAAAUACGGCGCCAAAGACACGAUCCUCGCCGGCUUCCACACCGACCUCAACUUCCUCACCAUCCACGGCCGCUCCAGAUACCCCGGGCUGAACGUCUGGGCGCGCAACACGGGCCGCCGCAUCGCCGUCAAGAUCCCCCCCGGCAACAACCUCCUCGUCCAGGCCGGCAAGCAGAUCGAGUACCUCACGGGGGGGCUCAUCAAGGCCGGGUUCCACGAGGUCGUCGUCAACGACAGGACCAUCGAGACCAUCGAGAAGCGCAAGGCCGAGUUCCCCGACCGGCCCCUCGUGCGCAUCUCCAGCACCCUCUUCUGGCACCUCAACUCGGACUUUGACCUGGCGCCCAUCCCCGCGCUGGCGGAGAAGGCCAAGCAGGUCAGGGCAGAGCAGCUCGGCCUGGGUAACGAUGAAGGCGCGGAGGCCGAGUAUCCCCCCACCAAGGUUGGAUACCAGGUCCAGAGCGAGCUGAAGCACAUCGCGUUGAUGGCGUGA